AUGACAUCGACACAUAUUAAAGCUAUACAUUUGAGUAGAGCCACACUUAAAUGUAGUUUAAAACACAAUGACAUAUCAUUUUUACCGUCAUAUUCAUCAAUUGAUUCAUCAUUUUAUCGUGAACGAUUAAAAAAUUAUCCAAAAUUACCAAAAUCAGUGUCAGAUCUAACGUUAACUGGAAAGUGGGGUACUGAUCUACGUGAUAAUGUUUUUAUUAUCAAGGAUGUACUUGAAAGUGGUUCACGUUUAUUGGUAUUUGGUUCCAAAUGGGGUAUUGAAUAUUUAUCAGAAGUUGAUACGUGGCAUAUGGAUGGUACAUUUAAAACUCGUCCAUUAUUAUUUGCACAACUGUAUAUUAUUCAUGGUUAUAGAAACGGUUACAUGAUACCAACAAUCUAUGCAUUAACAUCAGAUAAAAGUGGUAAAACAUAUGAACAAAUAUUGAAAACAAUUAUUGAACAAGCAAAUAAAUAUAAUAUUGUUGUUGAACCAAAACGUGCUGUAUCCGAUUUUGAACAAGCAACAUUUAAUGCAGUGAGUAAUAUAUUUCCAAAUUGUAAAAUUUCUGGUUGUUUCUUCCACUAUUCGCAAAGUUUGUGGAGACGUAUACAGACAGGUGGCUUAACAUCAUAUUUAAAAGUUGGUGAUUCGAAAUGUACAGAAAGUUCAAUUAAUUGGUUUCGUGGUGCAAUUGGCUUAGCGCUGAUACCGUUACAUAUUGUUGGUGAAACAUGGGCUAAUA